AUGGGCUGCCAUUGUCCCAUCCUCCCCAUUCUCCGCACCUGCGCGCUGUUCUUUAGCCUUGUCGUUCUAGCUGGCACAGGCGAUAGCUCUUGGACGGUACUCAUACUGCUCUACCUGAUGAUCUUCUCGAAGGUCAAAGAGGCAAAGUUCGCCCCACGAGGAACAGUCCUACUCUUCGAGGUCUUCACGGUUGUAUUCUGGCUCGUUGCAGCUAUUGCUCUGGCUCUGUUUGCGGUUGAGAUCGAGUUGAUAUGUUAUGCCGCAGACAUCAUUUCACGCUCGGGCGUGCUUAAGAAAGCCGUCGAAGUUUGUGUGCUGACGAAGGUUAUCACUGCUUGUGCGGCAGCCUCUUGGCUUAUCUGGUGUAUUACUUUGAUCAUUGUCAGUGUACAAGGAUGCCGUUCUAAAAAGACCAAGAAGAAGGCUUUACCUCCACCCAUGCCUGGCUACAAUGUAUAUGGAGCUGGCUCUCAAGGGUACGAGAUGGUGGGCAGAAGUGACUUAGGUGAAGCUGAAAAAGGAGUGCGAGUCACUACAGUUCCCGUGGCUACCCGCUAG